AUGGCCGCUGUGGAAGGAUCGCCAUCUUCCAAAGAGGCGGCGAGGCGACAAAAUCCCAAAAAGCGUGUGUUGUGUUAUGAGUUUGACCCGGAAACGGAUGUGAUUGGAAGGGGUGCAUACGGAGAGGUUUACAAGGCCACUCUCGUGAGUCCGUCAGACAAUGGUACGGGUACGGUAGCCGAGGCGCAGGACAAGUUUGUUGCCCUAAAACGCACAUUGUGCGCAGACAAGGAAGAGGGAAUUCCUGCCUCCACCAUUCGAGAGAUCAUGGUGCUGAGAGAGAUCAGCAAGGCGAUGAAAAAUGGGGCAGGAAAGGAAGGAUCUCCCGAAUCAUUUGGUUGUGAAAAUGUCGUUAAACUUUACGACGUCUUUAUGGACAAAAGUACGGUCUACAUGGCCUCUGAGUUCUGCGAGGCUGGGGAUUUGUCGUGUUACCUCAAGACACUCCCGCUGCGUCGUCUCUCCGAUGGCCAGCAGUACCGCCAAUGGAUGUGGGACUUGCUUAGUGGUCUGUGCUUCCUGCAUAGGAAGGGAUUUUCGCACCGAGACUUAAAGCCGCAGAACCUUGUGCUGAAGGCGAUACCGAGCGACCCGCCAUCCCCAGAAGCCUCUCGUGAAGGUGGAUCCAGGAAGGAGCCGAAGCUGACGCCGCAAUACAAACUUAAGAUCACGGACUUUGGGCUCUCCAGAGUUGAGGGGAUCCCUGUAAAAAAAUAUCAACACGAGGCUGUCACCCUGUGGUACCGUAGUCCUGAUAUCUUGCUAGGAAACACAAACUACAAUUACACCGCUGACAUGUGGAGUGCCGGCUGCAUCAUUGCCGAAGUUGCCAGUGGCAACGCUUUUUUUCGGGGUAAAAAUAAUCGUGAGCAGUUGAAAAGCAUCUUUUCCCGUUUAGGAUUGCCAACGGAGAACAAUUUUCCUAGUAUAAAGCAGUACGCGUUGUAUGAAACUUUUUUUACCGGCGCAGAUAGUAUUCAAAAGGGUCAGGAGGAAAAAGAAGGCAACGUUGCGACGUCGUAUGCCGCCUGGUUUGAAAACGUAAAGGAGAAAUUGAAUCAUUACUUCACUAGGUAUGGAUCUGUGGAUAUUGUGGGCGAAGACGGUGUGGAUCUUGUUGCACGCCUGUUGGCAUAUGAGCCAGGGAGACGCCUGACAACAGAGGAAGCCAUUCAGCAUCCUUUUUUCCAUACGGUCUCUCACGGCAUUUUGUCGACAGUUGGGCCGAAUGCACCCCCGACUGCCGCCACCUCGUCUACGACGCACGAUGCAAACGAAAUACUCAGCACUUCUCAGGAAGACACCCAAGGCGCUGCGUCACAUUGCUCUUUGGCUGCAUUUGGUGUACAGAGCCAGCCGCCUCUUCCGACGCAGCCUCAGGAAGAAAAAUUGGAGGGGGUCAGGGGGAUGAUUCCCACGGAAGUCGGAGGCGGAAACAACGGCCACGCACCCCUGGCAGGUGGUCAAAAAGAAGCACAUGCGGUGGACGAAAAGGAUAACCCCUCUAAAGAAACUGACAAAUCUCUGGAAGAAGGAAAUAAUCCUGGAGUGACGGAGAGAAGCAAACCUGUUGAAUCUCUCAACUUCAAAGAUCGCAAAAAGAGGGGAAUUUCUACAAAGUUGACCUCACGACCAUCCAUGGGCGUUGUGUGUGCUGAACGGACAAAAAACUCUUUCUCAGUGAAAGGAUCUCGUGUGGAAGAGGCACCAGCAUAUACCAGAGGCUGCGGCCAAGUCCCUAAAUCGAAAGCGAAGGUUGCUAUAACUCGCGCUAGCAAACAACUUUAG